UUGGCAACAGCGUCACGUCUCGAGAAAGAUAGCCGUGCUGAAGCUGAAGCUGACAGGCAGACGGCAGAUUGGCUUCGUGCCUCUUUGGAUCAAGCCCAGGAGGCGGCAGCUACUCAACUGACUGAGAUGGCCCGACAUUUAGCCGGCCUGACAGAUGAGUUGGAGAUGUUCCGACAUGGCGGAGAAACGGCUUAUGGAUCAGUUUGCUGGAAACCGUUAGCCACAUUAUCUAGUAUGGAGGAGGGUAUACGGGGACAAAUAUCUCCCGCCAGUGUAGCUACUCAGGUAGCACAGACGAACAAUACAUUGCCCUCUUAUGGGGGCCUUGCAUGCCCACCCAAUGGAGGGGGAGGAAGUGGAGGCAUGGGCGGACAGGCAAUAAAGGCGAGUUAG